AUGUACUUCCCGUUUCUGACAUGCGAAGUUAUGUGCGGGGCAGCAGCCCUUGAUAUCGCAGAUCGCCAGAACGCCCAUAGCGGGACACUUGCGGUGCGAGCUGUAGUUGAGCUGUUUCGGCUUGGGAAUCGUAUGAGAGAGGUCAAUCGUCAAAUCAUGGCUUUUUCCAUCUCUCACGACCAUCGGGUUAUGCCGGCACACUUUGAAAGGAUCUGCUCAGCCAUCGACCAGUUACUGUCGCAAUUGGACUUGGAUAUGCCACCGCUUUCGGAAACCCGGUUGUCCCAAGAGAUUGUAAGCCAUCGUCUCUCGCAGUCAGAUAUUGGCUCUGCCCGGGCGUGCAGCGAACAGGGUCACCACCAGCCUGUUGACGAUCUAGAGACUAUUCCAGACACAUCUUUCACGGGUUCAGCGUCAGCAAAGAAGGCGAAGAGGGCCCAGAGGAGGAAACGUUAG